CCGCCGGGUCUCCCCGGAAGUUCCGAAUCACCGGUACUGGAAGGUGCAGCAAGUGCUUCCUGGAUCGCCGCGGAGGUCACGAGUAAUGUGACAGCGACUUGACAGGCGGCUUCAGAGAGGCGACUGAACUGCGGGAACACCCGGGCAGGUCUUCCCAGGCUGGAGCGCGCGCGCGUCUGCAGAGGAGUGGAGAUUGAUUCUGCGAGAGGAAGGGGUUCAUCAUGGCGGAUGAUCUAAAACGAUUCCUGUACAAAAAGUUGCCAAGUGUCGAAGGGCUCCAUGCAAUCGUUGUGUCCGAUAGAGACGGGGUGCCCGUUAUUAAAGUGGCUAACGACAGUGCUCCGGAGCAUGCCCUGAGGCCUGGUUUCUUAUCCACCUUCGCCCUCGCCACAGACCAAGGCAGCAAGCUUGGACUCUCAAAAAAUAAAAGCAUCAUCUGCUACUAUAACACCUACCAGGUGGUUCAGUUCAAUCGUUUGCCUCUGGUGGUGAGUUUCAUAGCCAGCAGUAAUGCCAACACAGGACUAAUUGUCAGCCUAGAAAAGGAGCUGGCUCCGUUGUUUGAAGAGCUGAUAAAGGUUGUGGAAGUGUCUUAAUCCAGCGGGUCUGUGACGCUCACCCUGGCCCCAGGGCAGUAGCCCUGGCCCAGGCCGGCAGGCUUCAGUCCACAGUCCCCUUGUAUCUAUGUAUUCAAAAGGCCGCUUUUCCACAGUACACUAAAGAAGAGCCUAUCGCUAUAAUUUAUAGACAGAUCAACUGUUAUAUUUAUGUGUAUAAAAUCUUUUCUUACUUAGUGAGAUCUGGGAACGCCACAGAAAUGGUUCAUUCUAUUGCAGCUCCCAUGGAGUUAGUGUGGGUGCCCGAGAGUGGGUGGGAUCUGUCCCGACGGACGGACGGAUGGACGGACGGACGGAUGGACGGACGGAGCGUAGGGCGGGAACGGUCCCGGGAAGCCCUGUGCCAGCAAGCGCACCUGCCGACCUCUGCUCCACUCCAUAAGCCUCGGACCCUUUUACUGAGAGGAAGAAUGAGGUCAUAUUUUUCUUCAGAUUAUAUUUUAUUUCUUCGCAUUGUGAGGAAGAUGAAAUGGCUUAGUAAAAAUAAUUAAGUACAAUCACUAACUUCGCUCCAUCUGUGUUCUCAGUGUCGCUAAACAUUUACUAAUGGAUCUGAGUCUUCAGGGUGCUCUUCAGUGAGAACAAAUCACUGCUUAGGAUUUCUCUUCUGCUUUCCUGUAACUGUGCUUCCACGAUGGUGUUCUUUGUACAAUUGAAAUGCAUGUUACUGAAUUCUGUUUCCUUAUCAGUAUGUAUAUAAAAAUGACAGAAUCGCCAUUUUUUAUACAUGAGUAUAAAUAAAAUAG